AUGAACUUCCUCCGGCGGUUGCCGAAACUUGCGGCGGCGGCGGGCCGGGGCUGGGGCGGCGGCGCGGGCAGCCCGCGGCCGCCCUGGGUCGGCGGCGGCCCGUGGCGGGCGGCGGGGGGCUACGAGGAGGCGUUCCGGUGCUCCGUGGCCGAGCCCGAGAAGCUCUGGGGAGCGGCGGCCGAGAGCAUCGCCUGGUACAAGCCCUGGGCCAAGGCCCUGGAGAGGGGCGGCGCGGGCAGCGCCUCCUGGUUUGUAGAUGGAGAACUGAAUAUUUGUUACAAUGCUGUAGAUCGUCAUGUUGAGAAUGGGCGAGGAGAACACGUUGCCAUUAUUUAUGACAGUCCUGUAACAAAUACCAAAGAGAAAAUAACGUACAAGGAACUUCUUGAACAGGUCUCCAAGUUAGCUCAUGUCAUGGUCAAACAUGGUGUGAAGAAGGGAGAUCGUGUCAUCAUCUACAUGCCUAUGAUUCCACAGACAGUGUACUGUAUGCUGGCUUGUGCAAGAAUAGGAGCCAUCCAUAGCCUUAUUUUUGGUGGAUUUGCAUCUAAAGAGCUUUCUGUUCGCAUUGAUCAUGCAAAGCCUAAACUUAUUAUAACAGCAAGUUUUGGAGUAGAACCGAAAAGGAAAGUGGAAUACAUAUCCCUUCUAGAAGGAGCACUGGCAAGGGUACAGAACAAACCUGAGAAAGUUCUCAUUUACAGGCGACCUAACUUGGGCCACGUUCCUCUUGCCCCAGAUCGUGAUCUUGAUUGGGAGGAAGAGCUUGCAAAAGCCCAGUGUUAUGACUGUGUCUCUGUUUCUUCAGACCAUCCACUUUAUAUUCUGUAUACAUCUGGAACAACAGGCUUGCCCAAGGGUGUUGUCAGACCAACAGGUGGCUAUGCAGUUAUGCUGAACUGGACCAUGUCAGCUGUAUAUGGACUCAAACCUGGUGAGGUGUGGUGGGCAGCUUCUGAUUUAGGCUGGGUUGUUGGUCAUUCCUACAUUUGCUAUGGGCCGCUCCUUCAUGGGAACACUACAAUUGUGUAUGAGGGGAAGCCUGUGGGAACGCCAGAUGCUGGUGCCUAUUUCCGUGUGCUAGCAGAGCAUGAAGUAGCUGCCGCCUUUACUUCACCAACCGCAAUUAGAGCAAUCCGUCAGCAAGACCCUGAGGCAGCUUUGGGAAAGCAGUACUCUCUGACAAGGUUCAGAACAUUAUUUGUAGCUGGUGAGCAUUGUGAUGUGGACACACUAGAAUGGUCAAAAAAAGUCUUCAGGGUGCCUGUUUUAGACCACUGGUGGCAAACUGAGUCUGGUUCUGCCAUUACUGCCUCCUGUAUUGGUUUGGGGAAUUCUACAACGCCUCCACCCGGACAGGCAGGAAAACCAGUGCCAGGAUACAAUGUGAUGAUUCUGAAUGAAAAGAAGGAACCAGUGAAGGCGAAAGCUUUGGGAAAUAUUGUGGUAAAGUUGCCUCUGCCUCCUGGAGCAUUUUCAGGUCUUUGGGAAAAUCCAGAAACAUUCCAGAAGUUAUAUUUCCAAAAAUUUCCAGGAUACUAUGAUACUAUGGAUGCAGGUUAUAUGGAUGAAGAUGGCUAUUUAUAUGUUCUUUCUCGAGCUGAUGAUGUGAUCAAUGUUGCAGGACACAGAAUUUCUGCAGGUGCAAUUGAAGAGUGUAUUCUCUUCCAUCAUGCUGUGGCAGACUGUGCUGUUGUAGGCAAGGAGGAUGCCUUAAAAGGGCAUGUCCCAUUUGCAGUGUGUGUACUGAAAGAAGGUAUAAAGACAGAAGAGAAGAAGAUUUUGGAAGAGAUAGUUGAACAAGUUCGAAAAAACAUUGGUCCGGUAGCAGCUUUCCAGAAGGGAAUGUUUGUGAAGCAGUUACCAAAAACACGUUCUGGCAAGAUACCGCGUUCAGCUCUUUCUGCACUUGUCAGUGGAAAGCCGUAUAAUAUAACACCAACCAUUGAAGAUGCUGGUGUUUUUAAACACAUUGAAGAAGUGCUGAAGAAAAAUCAAAUGUGAUAAUAGGUUAAUAACAAACUUGUUGGUACUGGAAUACACAAAGAGACUUUCCGUUAAGAAACAUUACAUAUUUUAAAAAUAAGUAAUGAUUAGUAACGAUGACUAAAUUUUUUUACUACAGAAAUGGUACUGUGUUGUCUAACAUAUUGUUAUACUCAGAAAAACAUACAGAAGCAUCUGCAUGUUAUCAUUUUAUGCUGGAUAUUAAGAUUGCUAAGAAUUGCAAAUAGAAUUCAUGCCUUUCUAUAGCCUUAAAUUACAAGGAAUCAUUAGAUUAUCUAGUAUGAUCUCUUGUGACCUUACAUUUUAAUCCAUUAUUAUAUAAUGAGAACAAUAACGCUAAUUUGGCUAAAAGAGCUUACAAAAGGUAAGUCAUAGUGUGAGAACAGCAAUAAAUAGAAAUUCUAAUGUGAAAAUUAUUGAAGAUAUAAACUGUCUUUAUUUGUAAAAUAUGAGGUUUAUAUUUUUUAAAAACAAUUUUUUUUCUGGUUUCCACUUAUGUUUGCUAAGUCUGUCAGUUAUAAAUAAGAUUCCUUUAGUUGUUUUAUUCAGUGAUUUCCUGAAGUGCCUUUU